AUGGCUCCGAAUCCACUAGCGCCAUGGGUUGAAAAAUACCGUCCAAUAAUUUUGGAAGACGUCGUUGGAAACGAGGGAAUCGUUGAACGGUUGAAAAUCCUGGCCAAGGAUGGCAAUGUCCCGAAUAUUAUUCUUUCUGUAUGAUUUUUUUAAUGUUUUAAAAUUUUUUUGAAGUUUUCAAAGGCGCAAGAACAAAAAAAAAGGUUCUCUUCUCAAAACUAUUAUUGAAAUAACCAUAUGUGCCUUUAAACAUUUUUACUUUAACUGAAGAUUUUUAAACAGAAUAUAUGAUAAUUAAUUUCGAAAAAUCACUUAAGGGACCACCGGGAUGUGGAAAAACGACGUCGAUUUGGUGUUUGGCCAACGAACUUUUGGGCGACAAAGUUAAAGUCGGUGUCAUGGAACUGAAUGCGUCAGACGAAAGGUUUCAGAAAAUAUCAAAAAAAUGAAAAUAAAAAGUUUUUUAGAGGUAUCGACGUGGUGAGGAACAAGAUCAAGACGUUCGCACAGCAGAAAGUUGAAUUUUUACCUGAAUUUCUGAGGAAAAUGAGAGUUUCAGGUAACUUUGCCGGCUGGAAAGCACAAAAUCAUCAUUUUGGAUGAGGCCGAUUCGAUGACAGAUGGGGCGCAGCAAGUAAAUCAUUAAAAUAUUUAGAAAUAUUGCUUGGAAGAUAUGAAAUUCAGUGAAAAAAUUGAAGAACUUGUGUGAAAAGGGUCAAAAAUUUUGAUUUCACUCUCUGAUUCAAAGCUAAUAGUUGACGUAGGGCUAUGAAAAUUGCUUCAAAAUUAAGAAUUUAUUGAAAAAAAUUGAAGAAUUUGUGUGAAAAUGUUCGAAUUUUUCUCAAAAAAAUUUUUCGAGUUUUUCAAUGGAGAUUCUCAAAAUUUCUAUUAUCAGUUAUUAUUUCAAAAGUUACGGUUAAUGUAGGGCUAUGAAAAAUUUCUUCAAAAUUAAGAAAUCAGUGAAAAAUUGAAAAAUUUCUGCAAAAAUGAUCAUUUUUCAUCAAGUUUUUGGACUUUUCCCGUUCUUCCGUGCAAUUUUUUUCAUCAUUUCUGGUUCAUUAUUUGAAUCAUAAAUAUUUUUUUCGAUGUGAGAUCUCAGUUUCAAAUUUUUUUCCAGGCCCUGAGAAGAACGAUGGAACUUCACAGCAACACAACAAGAUUCGCCCUGGCUUGUAAUCAAUCCGAGAAAAAUUAUUGGUAAAUUAAAAAAACUCUUGAAUUAAAUAUUUUUCCCCGUUUUUUUCCAGAAAAUAAAAAAAUGAAAAAAAUAUAAAUUUUUUUAAUCUUUUUGUUCCUUGUGUAACCUCUCACGUUUCCCAAUUUGCACCCUAUUUUUUAGAUUUUUUUUUUCGCCUAUGUAUCGUGAAUAGACAACGGCCGGAAUUAAAUUGAAAAUUCAUCUUUUUUUUUAGAAUAUCCUUCUGAUUUUCACUUUUAGGAACACUAACUUCAUCUCAUUUUCAGUUUAAUUCUUACCCUUAUCGAUCAAAAAAACUUCCAGAACCAAUCCAAUCGCGAUGCGCCGUCCUGCGGUACUCAAAACUCAGUGAUGCUCAGUUAUUGGCUCGACUCCAACAAGUUUGCCAACUUGAAAAUGUGAGCAAAUUAAGGAAAAUUCGAAUAAAAAUGAUGAUUUUUGAGAUUAACGCUGACGAAAAAGGCUUGCAAAUGAUUCUGUUCACGGCCCAGGGCGAUAUGAGGCAGGUUUGUAGUCAAAAAUAAUUUAUUUCACUUACCAGUUUUGUUGAAAAGUGGUCAAAAAUCGUGUUUUUCGAAAUCUUCUCACAUAUGUUUGAAUUUCUUUUCAAACGAUUAUAAUGAAGUUGCUGAUAAUAAUAAAUGUUUUUUGGAGAUGUCCUUAAAAUUUUGACGAAAAAGUGUACAAAAAUCAGAGAAUUUAUUCAAUUCAACAAUCUCGUUUCACUAUAUAAUAUUGAAUUCCAAUUUUUUCUGUUGUUCGCAUAAUUCCGGAGUAUUGAGGUUUAUGAUUUGUUUUUCUGAUCAAAAGGGUUUCUGGUAACAAAAAUGGUUUUUCUUCCUUUGAUCGAAAAAUUCGGUAUUUGAAAAAUAUUUUUUCGAUAAUUAUUCGGAAGUGUAUUCGAUCAAGAAGGUCAUAAACUUCGGAAAAUUUCAGAAUUUCUUAACCAAAAGUCAAUUUUCAGGCUCUGAACAACUUGCAAGCGACGGUCAACGCCUAUGGCUACGUGAACUUGGAAAACGUGUUAAAGGUUUUUUCCUCUUUAAAUGGAAUUUUAAAAGGCGUGUGGAAAUUUUUCAUGAAGGUCUCGAGGCGAAGAAUCGUCGCGAGUAUUUUUAAAUUCAUUCAAGCCUUUCGCGUCUUUGAAAAUGCCAACACGAAUUUAAAAAAAAACCGAUUUUUCGACAAUAAUUGAGGAAUUGUUGAGGUUUGCGACGAGCCCCACCCUCAAUUGAUGAUCAAAAUGUUGACGUUGUGUGCCGAAAAGAAAUUUUUCGAAUCUGUCUCGAUUAUGCACGAGUUUUGCAGGUAAUGAUUAGUAUCUAUAGGAUUUUGUAGAUGGUAUUGUAAAAAAAAAGCUUGAGAAUGAAAAAUUUGUGAAAAUUACACCAAAAAAUCAAGAUUUCUAUAGUUUUUUUGUUAAAAUAUUUUGGUUUUUCCCAGCUGAUUCUGAACAGUUUUUCAUGAAAUCUUUCGAAAAAAACUUUCCAGGUUUAAAUAUUUUUAUAACUGAAGACAUGGUUUUGGAAAAAAAAAUUUUUUUAAAGGAGUUUUUUUAUGAAAAUAAAUCGAAAAUCAAGAUUUUUAUGAGUUUUGUUGAGAUCAGCUCAUUCUUGACGUUUUUUAUGGUUUCGAAUUUUUGAAAAACGGCUUAAAAAAGUUUUUCAGUGAAAAUGAUGCCCAAAAUCAAGGAUUCUAUGAGUUUUGAUUAAAUAUUCUGUGCGCUCUUUUUCAUUUCGUUAAAAUUAGCUUUUUUUCGAUAAAAUAAGUGUUUUUCUCCAGAUUGGGAUAUUCACCGGAAGACAUCGUUUCAACGCUCUUUCGUGUCGCGAAAACUCUCGAGUUGCCGCCGAAUAUUCAGGAGAAAAUGCGAUUGGAGUUUAUCAAGGUGACUUUUACGUUUAACGACUUUUUCAUUGGAAAAUAUCUCGUUCGGCUCUUUGACUUUAUUUCAUUUUCUUCUGGAAAUAUUGUAAAAGUCGGAAAUUCGUUUUAUUAAAAAAAAGAUUAAUGAUAAUCCAAAAAAAUCAAUCGAAAAAAUGAGAACAAAGGAUUUUUGGGUCGUUUUGCUUUGAAUUUUCUUUAUUUAUCAUUCUUUUCCAGCACAUGACGCAUCAGCUCUGUUUUUUCUUAUUUAUAAUUUGAAUUGAUCAUCAUAAUAAUUAACAAAAUUUUUUUGAUUGGAAGGUGGAAGUUCAAGAUUUCUCGCGCGAAAUUCGAAGCUCAAGUAUUAUAGGCCGUUCCGCGCUAGCUUGUCACGUUUUUUUUCCGCCAAAAAGUCAGGUCAAAUUUAACCAACUUUCGCUUCAAGACCGUUGUUUCGAGCCGUUAUAAAAGCAGAAAUUUGAUCUAAUUUGGUAUACGGUCUUUUUGGCGGAAAGAAAAACGUGACAAGCUGGCGCGGAAUAGACUUUAUGAAUGACUCAAAAACAUGAGUAAUAGAAUCUCAUUUAGACGUUCGAAGAAUUUUCGAGAUAUUAGAAAAUAAUUCUAAUGUCAAUGCUUUUCGAUUGCUUUUCUUUUCAAUUUUCAUGGAAGUUUUUUGGUCCCUGGUUAAAUUUUGAAUGACUCUUGGCUAAGGUUGACUCUAAAAACUCCUAAUUUCAGACUAAGGAAAUCAUUUUUUUUUGUAUUUUCCGAACAGUGUUCUUCAAAAUGAGCUUUUUUAAAUUAAGGCGAGACUGAAAUUUUGUGAAAAAAGCUUUAAAAUUUUGCGAUUUUGACCUGAAAAUUGGAACUUUUGUCUCGGAAACAAAAUGAUUUGGUCUAGCGAAAUGAAACAUUUCGAGACGUAGGAGAUCCUUAUCAAGACGAGGUAAUGGUUACGAACGACGCUGUUUCCAAUUUUUCAAAGAAAUCCACUAUUUUUUUUAUCAAAAUUUCAACCUCUGUCCUCUUUUCUUCAAAUUUCUGUACUUUUUCAAAUGAAAAAUAGAAUUCUCGUAUCGGAUUAUAUUUUGAAGCUGAAAAAUCCAGAGUUUUUCCAGAAAAUCGCCGAGUGCCACGUGAAGCUGAUCCAAGGCCUCACGACGAAGCUCCAGUUGUCCCGACUGAUCGCCGACCUCUGCCAGGCCGACCCCAACGACUGA